AUGACGAUCACCAAGAUUCACAUCCUCGCACAGCAUUUCAACCCCGACUGCAAAAUCACCCACAGCCGCAUUUGCUGGCUCGAAAUCCCCGCCACCUCCCUCCCUCGCGCCUCCGCCUUCUACGCCUCCGUCCUCGGCUGGUCCUCCGAUCCCUCCCAAACCAUCCCAGCCUCCCAGAUCCCGGGCACCUCCUCCCUCCUCAUCUUCUCCCACCCGGCCGUCAACGGCGCCUUCGUCGAGGUGUCUGCUCCCGACGUGUCGGUUCCGAAGUGGCGCGAGGAGUCAGAGUCUUCUGAGGUUGGUGGGGGGAAGGUGAGGCAUCGGUCUGUUAUGACUUCUUUUUCGGUGGAGAGUAUUGAGGAGGUUUUGGAUGCGGUUGUUAAGAAUGGGGGGAGGGUGGAUGUACCAAAGACCAAAAUCGCCGCGGAAGGAAUGGGCUAUUUUGCCCACUUUGUCGACACAGAAGGAAACCUCCAGGGCCUCUGGUCCAACAAGUAA